ACGGCAAAGACGAAUUUUCCUUUUUUUUUCAUUAAAAGACCGAGACCAAUAAAAUUUCUCCAUUAUUCUAAAUGGAUUCAUGUCACGCAUGCGCGAAGCUUUGCGGCGGUUAUUGGUGAAAGAUGCGUAAAAAAAUCGAUAAAUGCACCGCCGACAAGCCUGCAUUUGAACCGGAAUGCCACGGUCAAUAUUUAUCGCCUAAAAAUGACGAGAGUGGAACGGGAAUGGAUUUAAAAACCGGAGCGGUAGGUUAUUUCGGAAGAUAUGUCCUAGUAUUCUGCCUCUCGCUAGUAAUAUUCGCUUCCUACACACUCUUCUCGAACUCGGCAGCGCCAAAUUACAUUCUGUCAGAAAACUCAGAGAGGGCCGCCCGAAUCAACACCGGCCGAUACCUGAUAAAAACCUCGAAAUGUAAAAUCCCAGACCUGGACCCUUACAACAGGGACGUGGCCCCGUUCGUCAAAUCGGAACCAUUCCUGGAGUGUUCCGCCCUGCCCCUCCUCACCUAUAUAGAGAAAACCGGCGACAGCGUCAAACUGAAAGUGAACCGAUCUGUGAUAGCAUUUUACACCCUACGUAAAAUCAGCUGUUGUUAUUCGAUAAUUCUGAGAAGAGGAGACGUAAACGUUACGCACUCGAAAUGCCGGUCGUUCCGCUACGAAACCGAAAUAACGGAACCCUACAUCCGAGUCACGUGCUCAAAUUUCUACGGCGUCGUAUAUAGGAACGUGCACGCGGCGGUGAUACCAACGAAGUUGCCCGAGCACAGAAUCAAAACCCGCAAACGGCCUAGCAUGAUCCUGAUGGGAAUCGACAGUAUGUCGAAGCUUAACCUAGCGCGAGCGAUGCCCAAAACCCGCGAACACUUGGAAACCAACUACGUUAACCUAAAAGGGUACAACAAGAUCGGUGACAACACUUACCCCAACCUUAUCGCUGUCUUGACGGGGCGGAGCAUGCGCACACUAGGGACAAAUUGCAAAAUAGGCGAGUUCAUGGACGACUGUGACCUAAUAUGGCGGCGGUACCGGGAUAACGGUUACGUAACCGCCUACGCGGAGGACGAAGUCGAUAUAAGCACGUUCAAUUUCGUCAAGCCGGGCUUUAUACGGCCUCCCACCGAUUUCUACUACAGGCCCUAUUUUUUAUCGGCGCAUAAGCUGCCGAUCCAACGGAGGUACUCGAUGUCGGUCUGCACCGGCCCGGAAAACUCCGGCGUACGGGUCCUCGAUCUGAUCUCGGAUUUCGUGAAAUCCGUUACAGACUCGCCGAAAUUCGGACUGUUUUGGAUGAACAGUUUCAGCCACGACAACGUCAAUUUCGCGUCGUCGAUGGACGACAAAGUAUCCGAACUCUUGAUAGAUCUAAACGAGUCGCUACGGGAUUCUUUUGUGGUGGUUUUCAGCGAUCACGGGUUCCGCUUCGGUGACAUUCGCUUCACGUACACCGGCUGGUUGGAGGAACGCCUCCCGUUUAUAUACGUCAAGCUGCCGCAAAAUUUCGAUCCGGUUUUGUCUCGGAGGUUCGCGUCGAACGCUUUCACGAGACUCACGACCCCCUACGACUUUUACAUGACGUUGCAACACAUGCUGAAACUAUCCAACGACAGCUACGAGAUUGAGGCGAGCGUUGGGUGUCCCGGAUGCCGGUCGUUGUUCGAGACGAUUCCCGAAAAUCGCACGUGCGCCGACGCGGGAAUCGAACAGCACUGGUGCACGUGCCACGGCCACACCUACCUCGACACCGACCUGAAAGUGGUACAGGACGCGGCCGGAUUUGUCGUAGGCCAGAUAAAUGAGGUGGUGAGCGAAUUCAACGAGUCCGAUUCGUGCGCGCGCUACAGGCUGAGGUCGGUGUCGUCGGCGGGGAUGUCGCAGAAACACGACGAAGACGACGUCGGUACGAGCGAGUACCUCGUGUUGCUGGAAACAGAUCCGCCCGCCAUGUUCGAGGCGACGGUGGAGAGACGCGGAUCAGACUCGCGCUUCAAAUUACUGGGUGCUAUUAGUAGAUUGAACAGGUACAAAGAGUACAGCAGUUGCGUCGAGGAUAAGCUGCUAAAAAAGUACUGCUAUUGCAACGGCAUUAUGACGAGACUGAAGAGUACAAUCUGCAAAUUAUUUAAGUAUUGUUGAUACACGCUCGUUAUUUUUAAUAAAUAUACAUUCUUGUUGGCAACAUGUCUGGCUAUUUUUUAAAUCUAAA